AUGGAUGAAAGUCCACUAUCACUCCCUGGAAAUUCACCUUCUAUGCCAAAUGUACAAGCCCCUCAAUCCCAAUAUGAUUUUAUUGAGGCUGAUGGCCAAUCUGAAAUUGUUAAUGUUCCAAUUGAUGUGGAGGAUGACAAGGAUGACGAAGAUUACAAUUUGAGUGAUUUUUCUGAAUCUGAUGAUGAUAUAAUUGAAGAUUUUGGUAUGGAGGAUGAUGGAAUCAAUAGAGCAAUUGGAGGCAAGCAGCUUGAGGGAGUUUGGAAUGGUGAAGGAGAUUCAGAUCAUGGGGAUAGUGAUGAGUUAAGGAAUGCAGAAGGGUCAUCUGAUGAUGAAGGGAAUUCAAGGCCUAGGUUCCUUGAGUUUAACCAGCGCAUUGGCAUGGAGAAUGUACAGUUAGUGAAGGAUCAAAAAUUUGCAUCACAUGUCAUCUUCAAGGAGGCACUAAAGGAGUGGUCAAAUGCAUUGAAAGGUGCAGUGUUUAGGGACCAUGAAGUUGAUGUGACUUUGGACCAAUGUUAUAAGGCUAAGAGAAUGGCAUUCAAGAUGAUACAUGGUGUUGAGGAGAAGCAGUAUGAGAGACUUUGGGACUAUGCAACUGCUAUUAGGAAGUGGAAUGUGGGUAGCACAGUGAAGAUACAAACUACGAAUGAUGUGUUUGAGAGAAUGUAUAUUUGUCUUGAUGCUUGCAAAAGGGGAUUUUUAGCAGGUUGUAGGCCACUUAUUGGGAUAGAUGGUUGUCAUUUGAAGGGGACAACAGGUGGACAGUUGUUGGUUGCUGUUGGAAAGGAUGGGAAUGAUAAUAUCUUCCCAAUCGCUUUUGCUAUCGUUGAAAUUGAGAAUAAAAGCUCUUGGACCUGGUUUCUACAAUGCUUGUUGGAUGACAUUGGACAUGUGGAUGAGAAUGGAUGGGUCUUUAUCUCAGACCGACAGAAGGGAUUAGUAGAGACCUUUAAAGAUUUGAUGCCUAAUGCAGAGCACAGAUUUUGUGUUAGGCAUUUACAUGCAAAUUUCAAGAAGGAUUUUCCUGGGAAGGUACUCAAAGAUGCAAUGUGGAGUGCUGCUAGGGCAACAACAAAGAAUUCUUUUGACUUCCACAUGGAUGAGUUGAAGAAGCUAGAUGUGAAGGCAUAUGAGUGGCUUGUGAAGUUAGAUGUGAGAACAUGGAGCAGACAUGCUUUUAAUCCAAGAAGCAAGAGUGACAAUCUAGUAAACAAUAUAGCAGAGUCUUUCAAUGCUUGGAUUUUGGAGGCUAGGGAUAAACCAGUGUUGACAAUGAUGGAGAUCAUAAGAGUGAUGUUGAUGCAAAGGUUGCAAACCAAAAGAGAUCAUAUGAGAAGGUAUGAAUGGAGGGUUUGUCCAAGAAUCUAUAAGAAGCUUGAGAGGAUAAAAAGCGAGGUUGGACAUUGCAUUUCUCGUUGGAAUGGAGAGUCCAAAUAUGAGGUGGAGUAUAUUUAUGGUGGAAGAUAUGUGGUGGACUUGAAUGAGAGGACUUGUGGUUGUGGGAGAUGGGGAUUGAGUGGAAUCCUAUGUUUUCAUGCUGCUGCUGCAAUAAUUGAGCAUGGAGAGCAACUUGAGACUUAUGUAGACAUUGCUUACACUAAGGAGACAUUCCUAAGUUGUUACCAAUGGAUGAUAAGCCCACUUCCAAGCCAUGAACAAUGGCCAAAAACACCCUAUGACCUAAUCAAGCCCCCAAAAUUUACAAAGAAAGUAGGCAAGCAUAAGAAGGUAAGAAAGAGGGAGGCAGGAGAACCUAUUAAUGCAUUUAGGGUGAGCAAGAAAGGAACUGCCAUGAAAUGUGGGAAUUGUUUCCAGUGGGGCCAUAAUCAAAGAACUUGUAAAGCUCCUGAUAACCCCAACAAGAAGGCUUAUAAAAAGAAAAAGAAAGGGCAAUUAGAAUAA